GCACCGGUGUAGUACCCCGGAGUUGCGGCUCUGGCCGAUGCGCCGCGCCGGUGGCCGAUGCUCCGGUGAAGCAGCCGUGUCCUUACGGUUACGGUUAAUUACCUGCUCACUUAGCGGAGAUCUUAAUAAUUUUUAUAUAAUGUUAGAUAAGUGCCAUAUUAUAGGCCUACUAGUACUAGACCUAAUUAUAUUAAGUUAGCUAAUCCUUGUUUAUGCCUGUGCUGUGGCAAGUUGAAGUUGAAAACCGGAUUUCACCAUUAUCAUAUUCAUUAACAUGCAAUGUUAUGAUUUUUUUUUCUUUCCAUCAUUUUAUCAAACAAUUAAAAUUUCAAUUCAAGUCAGAAGUUUAGGAAGAAAGCACUGGCGGAUCCGGGGGGGGGGGGGGGCACAGCCGGCCUGUGCCCCUGUCCCCGGAGAAGUAAAAUUAAAAAAAAUUGAAAGUGAAGUUUUUUUUUUUUUUUUUUUUGCUUGCUUAUUUUUUCGAGGGCGAAAUAUCCUUAAUUUUUUGUUAAAACCUAGACAGCUGGCAAGCCAUCAGUUUUGAGGAGUUUUUAAAACAUUUUUUUAUUUUUAUUUUUUAUUUCUCCAUUAACAAUGGAGAAAUUAAAAAAAUGUUGAAAAUGUUAAAAACUCCUGAGUACCGGUACAUGGAUGUACGUGGAGCCAACGGAGCUGAGUUCAGCGGAACAACCAAUAUAAUAGAGGCUGAAGCUUUCGAUCUAGUUAAAACCUAGACAGCUGGCAGCCAUAUGUUUCGAGGAGUUUUUUACCAUUUAAAGCCACAUAUUUUUGGUGCCCGCUAAAGAGAAGAGACAAAAUUUGUGACAAUUUUUGUGACAAAAGUUAUGACAUCCACCAGAAUACCAAUUUUGUCUCCGAGAUAAGAUAAAAUAUGGAGAAAAGACAAUGUUCAGAAUACCGCCCCUGGAUUCAGAAACUGCAGCCACCAAAAAAGUUACCAGAAAAUUUUAAAAUUCUCAAAAUUCUCAAAUUGCUCGUACUACUGACCGUUUGUGAAAUUAUAAACUAGGAUAACAGACUCCAGCGAACACAUACCCUUUUUCUCAAUUGCCUGCAUACUUCAUUUACUUAGUUUUGUGGUCUCAGUGAACAAUCAGAACCCUGUGCAUGUAGGCCUCUUGUACUGUAUACUUUGAAAUCAGAAAGGAAUAUUUAACAUAGUCCUAUGUUAUAAUCUCUGUUCAUAAAUUUUUUUGGUAAUAUCUUAGUAAUCAAGGCUCCACAUUAACUGUUUUUGGUGGUGGCUUGUUCGGGCCACCAAAACCAUCAAAUAAUUUUUUUUGGUGGCCCGAUAUUAAAGUUUGGUGGCCCGAAAAAUAUAAAGAAACACAUUAAAAAUUGAUAAAACAAACUUCUGAAAUAUUAAUUCUGCAGCCACUACCACUAAGUUACUUCCACUUUAUCAUCUUGUAUGUAAACCUUGUUUGCUGUUAUUUUACUUUGCUAAUUGGCUUGUGGUAAAAUAUAAAUUGUUUCUAUCAUUGUAAAAAUGAAAUGAUUGAAAGAGAAUAAAUGAAUUUUAUUGUUCCCAGGUUGUGUGGACUUUUUUUUAAAUCUCUGUAUAGACACACACACUCAUAAUGGUAAAGUAAAUAAAUAGUGCAUAGCAAACACAGAUAGAUGUACAAAACUAUGGUUUUUCAUUUCUUCCUCUUUGAAUCCUAAAACCUAGAUUAUGCAGGCCCCAAAUCCAUUUUAUUUCUGUUUUCCCUUUUGCAGUAUAUUAUAGCAGGAGAAAAUCACAGAAAAAUAUUCUGCAAAAUUAGAACAAUGCAUAAAAGGGGGAAACAAAUGAAAAUAAUUUUCAAAAAGUAUAUUACAAAAAGAAAAAGAAAAGAAAAGAAAUAAGUGAAAUAAAACAAAAGAAAGAAAAAACAAAGAACAGGGAAAAAAGAAAAGAAAGUGAAAGAAAAAUGAAUAAAACAAAAUUAAUAUAAACAUGGGGAAAAGGGGAAAAUUAAGAAGCCAUUACGAAUAUUUGUUAACAGCUGUGGCAACAGUCUAUUCUGACUGGAAUAUAAUUAAAAGCCAAGCAAAUAAUUUUCACUUACCUUCUGGGAAUGGCACAUUUCUAUUUUUAUAUCCUUUAGUUUGUAUUAUUUUAUUUUCAGUAGAAACAUAUUUUUUAAUCAGGCAUAUUCAAUGGGAAGGGGUAUAAAUGGUUUAACCACUGUAAAAAAAAAUAAGAAGAAAAUGGCAAAAGUUAUAUCUGGAAAAAAGUGUGAGAAAAGUCCUUCCCUAGUAUAUUUGCCAAAAUGUUGGAAAAAUUCACAUUUCAUAUCAAUGAAAUGCCUUCCCAAAGUAUUUACUUUCUCAAGAGUGGUUUAAGAAGUAAUUUAUAAACAAGAAAGAAAGAAACUGUCUGUAUCACUUUAAUUGGGAAAAAGUUAAAUUUAAAGAGAAAUUGACACUUCUUUCAGAUGAAUCAAGAAAACAGGCAGGGCAACCUGUCUGAAGAGCAGGUCCACCACAUGGCAGAGUUUGUUAGGGCGCAUCGAGAGCCAUUAUUUGGAAAGGCAGGGCAUUGCAGUGUGAGGGUCCAGCAGAGGAAGGAGCGGACCUGGAACCAGCUUCUCCAGGAGAUGGAGGCCCAGGGCCUCCCGAAAGGGAGGUCCUGGAAGGAUCUGAGGACCAGCUGGAAUAGCUGGUCCAGCAAAGCUAAAAAGUAUAGGUUGCAAAGGAUGGCAACAGGAGGUGGACCAGUGAAAUAUAACAAGAAGUAUGAAGAAGUACUGGCGGCACUGGCGCCACAGGCCCUUGAUGGUUUUUGUGGGCUGGAGGGAGAGACCUCUGUGGAGGCUGACUUGCCAUUGACUGAAAGUCAGAAUGACGCUGCAGCAGCACUCCUUAUGAAUAUGAUGGAGGAGGAGGAGGAAAUCGUUCAAGGGGAAGAAAUACCACAAGGAGCCACAGGAGGAGAGCAGCCAGCAGAAACAUUCCCCCGAACUUCUCACCAGGCAUCUCUUAUAUCUUUCCACGAAAGGUUUUUAGAGAAGGAGGACCAAAAGGUGGAGGCCUUGCAGGGGAUCCUCAUGGUCUUGAAGGAGAUUAGGGAUAAGCUACAUUAAAUGGUCAAAUUAAUUUUGUUUAUGGUAAUGAUGAUGUAAAGAGAUUACAAAACACAGAUGAUCUAGCUGACCUUUAUAUUGACACACUAUAUAUUGUUACCAUGGUUUUAUAGUUAUAGAAUUAUAAUUCAGACCUCUUUAUACAUGUAUUUUAAUGAAUAUUCUUUUCUUUACCAAGGGAAUACCAUUGUGUAUCAAAUGUGGCAAAUAUUUUUCGAUGUAAAAAGAAAGAUUCCAACAUAUGUGAAUAUCCUUCAAACACUUCAAGACCAGUAAAGGCAUAAGUAAUGAUAUAUAAAUUAAAAAAAAAACAUUUGAGGCCCUUAAAGCUGUCUUAAUACCCGAUUUGAUAGUUUGUAUCUUUUUUGUAUAACAGCAUACAACCCUUGGACAUACAUAAAAUUGUCCAAUUUGAAAAGACACUAGGUUGAUAGUUUGUUUCUUUUUGUAAAAUAACAUUCAACCAUUGGAUAUACUGUCCAAUUUGAAAAGACACUAGGUUGAUAGUUUGUUUCUUUUUGUAAAAUAACAUUCAACCAUUGGAUAUACUGUCCAAUUUGAAAAGACACUAGGUUGAUAGUUUGUUUCUUUUUGUAAAAUAACAUUCAACCAUUGGAUAUACUGUCCAAUUUGAAAAGACACUAGGUUGAUAGUUUGUAUCUUUUUUGUAUAACAGCAUACAACCCUUGGACAUACAUAAAAUUGUCCAAUUUGAAAUGACACUAGGUUGAUAGUUUGUUUCUUUUUGUAAAAUAACAUUCAACCAUUGGAUAUACUGUCCAAUUUGAAAAGACACUAGGUUGAUAGUUUGUAUCUUUUUUGUAUAACAGCAUACAACCCUUGGACAUACAUAAAAUUGUCCAAUUUGAAAAGACACUAGGUUGAUAGUUUGUUUCUUUUUUGUAUAACAUCAUACAACUCUUGGAAAUACUGUCCAAUUUGAAAUGACACUAGGUUGAUAGUUUGUUUCUUUUUGUAAAAUAACAUUCAACCAUUGGAUAUACUGUCCAAUUUGAAAAGACACUAGAUUGAUAGUUUGUUUCUUUUUGUAAAAUAACAUUCAACCAUUGGAUAUACUGUCCAAUUUGAAAAGACACUAGGUUGAUAGUUUGUAUCUUUUUUGUAUAACAGCAUACAACCCUUGGACAUACAUAAAAUUGUCCAAUUUGAAAUGACACUAGGUUGAUAGUUUGUUUCUUUUUGUAAAAUAACAUUCAACCAUUGGAUAUACUGUCCAAUUUGAAAAGACACUAGGUUGAUAGUUUGUAUCUUUUUUGUAUAACAUCAUACAACUCUUGGACAUACUGUCCAAUUUGAAAUGACACUAGGUUGAUAGUUUGUUUCUUUUUGUAAAAUAACAUUCAACCAUUGGAUAUACUGUCCAAUUUGAAAAGACACUAGGUUGAUAGUUUGUUUCUUUUUGUAAAAUAACAUUCAACCAUUGGAUAUACUGUCCAAUUUGAAAAGACACUAGGUUGAUAGUUUGUAUCUUUUUUGUAUAACAGCAUACAACCCUUGGACAUACAUAAAAUUGUCCAAUUUGAAAAGACACUAGGUUGAUAGUUUGUUUCUUUUUGUAAAAUAACAUUCAACCAUUGGAUAUACUGUCCAAUUUGAAAAGACACUAGGUUGAUAGUUUGUAUCUUUUUUGUAUAACAUCAUACAACUCUUGGACAUACUGUCCAAUUUGAAAUGACACUAGGUUGAUAGUUUGUUUCUUUUUGUAAAAUAACAUUCAACCAUUGGAUAUACUGUCCAAUUUGAAAAGACACUAGGUUGAUAGUUUGUUUCUUUUUGUAAAAUAACAUUCAACCAUUGGAUAUACUGUCCAAUUUGAAAAGACACUAGGUUGAUAGUUUGUAUCUUUUUUGUAUAACAGCAUACAACCCUUGGACAUACUGUCCAAUUUGAAAUGACACUAGGUUGAUAGUUUGUUUCUUUUUGUAAAAUAACAUUCAACCAUUGGAUAUACUGUCCAAUUUGAAAUGACACUAGGUUGAUAGUUUGUUUCUUUUUUGUAUAACAGCAUACAACCCUUGGACAUACAUAAAAUUGUCCAAUUUGAAAAGACACUAGAUUGAUAGUUUGUAAUAAUUGAUAUCAGAAUGUUCAUAAUUUUGCCAGCAACUACACCAAAAACAAUAUUAUACUAUGAAAAGUGAUUUUCAAUGAUAACAUUCCGUGCUUCUACACCAUUGGGGGCGUGAUCUACUUGCUCAACUAUGUCAUCAUUUGCUUCCACGUCGAAGAGAACUUCAGGCUGCCGAAGUUGUUUGCUGAUAUUAUGCAGCACAGCACAGGCCAAGAUGACGUUGGAGGCUCUGUCAGGCCGCAUUUGGAGUCCUUGUCCAAUUAAGCACCUAAAUUUGUUCUUUAAUUGCCCAUUAACUUGCUCAAUGAGCGCUCUUGUGCGGCAGUGAGAUCUGUAAAAUUCAUGAAGAUUAAGAAAUUAAAAUUUUGCGCAGCAGAUAAAUCGCGAAAAUUGUCAGGGUGGGGCAUUAUGGCCCCCCCCUCCCCCGGGAGAACUACAUGUAGGGUCAAACAUGAAAGAAACAAUAUUUAAAAUAAAAUGUUGAGAAAUGAUAUCUUUAUAAGAAAUGCAAAAACAUUGAAAUAUACAUAAAUAUAUAUAUGAUGGUUAUUAGAUUUAAAAAAUGUUAGGACCACUUGUUUUCUUCUUUUCAUGGUGUGGACAGUGGACACAUUUCUAAUUGUACAAUGCAUAGAAUGUUGUUAUUGAAUAUUGCUUUUCACACUGUUGGAAAAAGUAACUCCCUACCUGUUUCAUAUCAAGUGUCUCAUUCUUAUGAUAGAUUUUAUGGUAUUUGUGAAUGUCCACUAACAAAAAAGAAAAGGAUUGAUAUUUGAAGUGUUUUUCAGUGGUCGUCUUUAUCUAGAUGUAAAGUACAUUGUUGAUGAUAAACAUGUAACACUGAUUUGUUUUUCACAGUGUAUAAGUCAUCAGCCAACCAGCUCAAGGGGGAUGAAGAUAGAAUGUGUGUUCCAAACUUUAAGAAAUAUGAAUACUACUUACUGGUUGUACGCUCUCUGUGCUUGAUUUUGGGGGUUCAGGAUAGGAGUCAUAAGCCAAGGGUGCAGGGCAUAGCCUGAAUCUCCAAGGAGAAUGCCAUGCAAACGUCCAUUGGCAUAGUUCUGUCCAACUACACUGUUCUGUAAAAAUUAAACCACAAUAAUUGAUUUCAUGUGUGUCAAGGGGUGCUGCAAAUAGUAAAACAAAUGAAUAAACACAAAGAUAUCGAUGCUAAAAAAGUAAUGAUGACUUAACUUUCAACAACUCAAAAAAGUUAAGUUCAUGAAGAAAUUGGGAGAUAUACGUGCAAUUCAUUUACUAGCUUGCCAUUCUACUUUUUCUUUUUUGUAAAGUAAAAUUUGAAUUUGAAUUUCAUCAAAAUCCUAAAAAUAGAAGUUUGGCAGUUUUUUUGCUCCAUUAUCUGUCAACAGGUUAAACGUCAAAUUCUAGAAUGGUAUAUAUUGAUACAAAAUAUUAAAUAUUUGACGAAUUAACUAUGCAAAAGCAAAUAAAAUAAUCUGUUGUAUAUUACCUGGAGAAUUCUGGAGUCAUGCGUACUCCCGGGCCAUCUAGCUACCACGUUGAUUAUUCGGAAAUCUGCAUCGCAGAUAAGCUGGACGUUUAUUGAGUACCGCCCUUUCCUGUUGGUGUACAGGUACUCAUCCUGUCCCAAUGGUGCUCCAUGUAGAUAGAUGUGAGUUCCGUCAAUCGCACCAAUCACCUUUGGAAACUGUGCAAUGUGGUAGAACUUAUUCUGUUGUUCCCUUAUUUUGUGCGGUGUUGUGGGGAAUGUGAUGAACUGCAGUAAGAAAUGAUAAUUUAGAGAUGAUGACAAUAUUAUAAGUGCCACUGUAGUCAAUAAUUGCGGAACAUUCUUCUCGAAAUAUCUUGAAAAUUACACUUACUGGUAUUUUAUUUGCCAUGUUAGAAAAUGCAACAUUCCAUCAUACUCUAAAAAUCAUUUUGUUAUGAAUAUUUUUGACCAAUUCUUUGUAUAUUUGGUAUCAACGUGUAAUCAAAUGCUUAAUAUAUCUAAUGCAAAGUUAUUACUUAUUGAUAAAUUAAUAUAAGUAUUACUACAUGUGAUGUAAAUAUUGUAAAGUGUAUAAAAUUGCAUUUAAAUAAAUUAAAUUAUUGACCUAUGAAAUAUUUUAAAUAUGCAUAUUUUUAUGUACUUUAAAUUCCAUUGUCUAUUGCAGACUGAUGAUAGCUGAUGGUUAAAAGAAAAUCUUUGAGUUCUUUCAAUAUAUAAUAGGGAAGAAUUUGGAAAUAUGAGUAAGCCGGGUUUCGUAAGAUUCUUUUUUUAUAUUUUUCAAAUAGAAUUUAGAAUAAAGUAGGGGAUCUUUUUCUGAAACUGAUUUAAAAUCAGUUCAACAAAAUGAGAAAUAAAUGCAAGAAUCUUACAGAAAUGACAUCACUCCUCUAAGCCUUUGAAAACAUUGAUUAGAAAUAGUUUGUGUGUUAGUUUCUAUCAUCGGAUCCCACAGUGAAAGUGUUUGGGGAUGUGAAAAAGAUGGGUAUAAGACCGGCAAUGGCAAUGUUUUCAUUUAAAUUAGAAUAAAGAAAUUAAUAUAGCACAUGGAGAUCAAUAUUAAUCAUGUUAUUAAAUAUACAAGCUAUAUAUUUACAUAUUAAACUUAGAACUUGUUAGCAAUGAAAUAAUGCAUAUUAUUCAUGAAUAUUUAUAUUUGGACAGAUGCCAGAAUGGGAUAUUUAUUUCUGGGGUAUUUGUUUGGUCAUUCAAGAGAAAAUGAUCGAAAUAUCAGCCAAAGAUUUAGCAUGAUAUAUAACAAAGGUAUAAUUGUGGCCUUCAUAUUCCAAGUAUUCAUUUAAAUAAUGGAUUUUUCCUCCCGACAAAGAAACGUUAGGAAUAUAUAUUGAGUAUUUGUAAUGCAUUUGCCUAUUGACAGUGAGUAUUUAUUCAACAUAUGAUAAUUUGACAGCAGAAUCAUGAGCAUAAUCGACUCUAAAUAGC